GGUCGUAUUGAAUCGGAGCACUCGGUGCCAUCACUUCCCUCCUGAAUGUUCUCUAAAGAAGCCCCAGAAGCUCUGGGAUGUAGCGUUAGUGUGGACGUGAACCAGAGAGAAGAAACCACUUGUGAUCAAGAACAGCACCUCCUUUUAGUGCACAAUGCGCACACAUGCUUAAAUGGAGCGUUAAUAGGAAGAUGGAAUUUACAAGGCUGAACACGUCGACUAAAAGUGACAGCGCAGAUGGAGGAUGGCACAUGGUGAUCGCCCCUCGUUCAGCUGAGAAAAGCUCGGAUCAGCAGGGCCAGCUGGAUGGGGAGUUCUGCAGAAGCCUUCCAAGGGCACACUUUCUGCGUCCUGGCUGUUUUCGUGCUGCAGCAGAGCGAGGCGCAUUCUCUCCUGAUAGCCAUGACCUCUGCUUCAAGGGUGAAUGGCUGCAGGAUCAGUGCUCCUGGGACAGUAAGGGUUCUGCAAGUGUGGCUCGCUCAUGUGGUCCACACCCACUUGCACAGCCAGGCUUCUAUAGUCCCAAAAUUCCUCGAUCUAGACAUUGUGAGCCUACUACAGAGUUUUCCAUGACCAAAAACACAAAGGAGUACUGUGCUCAUACUCUGCCUUUACCUCACACCAAAUUAGCUGUUUUGAAGCAAAGUGCACUGUCCUGCAGGCCACAAGGAAUCAAGACCUCAUUGGUGGAAAAGCCUCGACUGAUGAGAGCUGCGAUUUCUCCAACGUUGCCAAAUUCAACCCCAAUAGAUCCAAUCCAGCAGCAGACAUACGACCAAGAACUCCAGCAUGUUAAGGACCAGGAUAUCCAGACACAGUGUUUCUCCAGCCUGCACCAGUGUUCAGUGAACUUAACCAGAACAGAGAUCUCCAAGAAGCAGGAACGUCUCUGGAAUCAUUGUGACCAAGCGCAGUCCACAAAAAAACAGAGUUUCUUCAGUGUGAAGAAAUGGGCUCAAGAUCCACAUGUGUUCAACAACAGCUUUACGCUGCCACAAAGUCCGUCUUCACCAGACGAUCUGAAUUUACGAAGAGAUAGUAAGCUUACUGGUUACCGUAAGCUCAGUGUUUUCAAUGGCACCUGUUAUACUCCUCAAGAUGGUUCUAACUGUGCCUCAUCCAGCCAAUCACAUGGUAGAAGCACCGAAAACAACAGCAAACAGAAGAACAGACAAGACUCCAGUGAAGUUGGAAAUUAUUCCAUAAGCAACAGUAAUAAAAGGCAGGUGGACACGAAAUCAAAGAACGUGUUUGGUCAGCCCUGUGUGAUCGCUACACUCCGGUCAGGCUGCAGCCCACAACCUGUUCGCAAAACCACUAUAGUCGAGGACCUAAAAAAGCUCAUUCUGUUGGAUGAAGUCACUGACUCGACGACCCAAACAAGCAGAAGUGCUAUUGAGUGUCCUCAAGGCUCAUCUUCACCAACGCCCUUAAUGUUCUCCAGCCCUGUCCUCGCCAGGCAUCCUGUUCCCAGACCCAACCACCUCGCUCUGCAGUCUGACCCCACAGCGCUACGACGUGAGCUCUCGGACACACUGGGGUGGGACCAGGACGCCAGGUUUGAUCAGAAACCCCUGAAUUUGACGAAUAUAGCCUGCAAGCUUGACUGGAACAGCUUGGUGAAUGCAGCCGAGGCUUAUGAAACGCAGGAGUUGGCUAACCUCCUGACCGGUGAGUCCCGUGACAUGCAGUCAGGUCCGGGUCCUGAACCACACGGUCCACACCUUCCUCAUGCUCUCAGUGAAAUUCCAGAUGACAAUGUUUUCAUUGAUUCUCCUGACCAACUCUCUCACCUGGAGGCCAUGCUGAUGAGGCUCAGCACUGAUCUCCUGAAGGAGAAGAAGGACAAGGUGGCUUUGCUGGCUGAGGUGUUGAAGCUUCGCAUGAGCAACCAGCACCUGAAAGAGGAAUCGCUGUCGGCUAACGAACAGCUGCAGAAAAUCCGCCAGAUGUUCGGCAUAAGCCCUGAAUCCGUGGAGUAGAAAGCCACGAGGGAUCUUUGUGUUUAAACUUAAAAAUGGUUUAAACUUUAAUUGGCGGUAAAUAAAAUAUCACGACAAUGUUUUAAAACUCUCCGAGUCGUAUUAAAACUCCGAUAAUGCCUCCUAACACAGUAGUUUUGUCGCAUAACUAAAAUAACAUUAAUACACAACAAAUAAAUAAAUAAAUUAUAAAAACAAAACAAAACAAAUAAAGCUGUUUCUAAAAUGCUACUAUAGUUAUAUUCAGUUAUACAUAUAUUAUAUCUGAUUAAAAAAAAAAAAAAAACUGUUUACAGCAUUUAAAACACUGAUGGUCUUUGAACUGUACGGUGCAUAAAAAAUAAAAUAAAAAAGUUAUUUGACUUCUGCAUCUUUUGCAAUAUAAUGCAGUUUUGUGUAAUUAUUCAAUUCCUAAACUGCAAGCCAACUUACUGAAC